AUGAAUGAAAUUGAAAUAGCAGCUACAUUACAUGUACAAUACCGGGCUCUGCAGUGUUGCAUUCUAUCAUACUAUAUCAAAAUGGCCACAGCGGUACAGAACCCCCUCAAAUCGCAAUCUGGAGGAGCAGUCAUCAAGAACAGUCUUGGUGAGGAGUUCUAUAAGGAGGCCAUUGAACACUGUCGCAGCUACAAUGCCCGUCUGUGUGCCGAGCGCUCCAUGCGUCUCCCCUUCCUGGACUCCCAGACCGGCGUGGCCCAGAGCAACUGCUACAUCUGGAUGGAGAAGAACCACCGCGGACCAGGUCACGCUCCAGGUCAGUUGUACACAUAUCCAGCUCGCUGCUGGCGCAAGAAGAGGCGGCUAAACAUCCUGGAGGACCCGCGGCUCGUACCGAUCGAGUUUAAGAUCGACUACGAGGCUUCUCUAAAGAAGGAGGGGGGGAUCCCAGACGGCCCGGUGCUAGAGUCGCUGCUCGCCGGGGAAACCCUGGACAAGAAGGUAGAAACCAAGGAGGAGGAGCCAAUGAGCGAGUGUCAGAAGCUGCUGGUUGGGGAUUUCCCUCAUGAGCUGGAGAUGGACGAGAUGGAGGAAGACGUCCCGAAACGCAAGAACCGUACCAAAGCACGGGCCUACGGUGUCGGGGGCAUGAGGAAGAGACAAGAGCCGGCUGCCAUUGAAGACAGAGACAAGCCUUACGUCUGUGACAUCUGUGGAAAGCGCUAUAAGAACCGCCCAGGGCUGAGUUACCAUUACACUCACACACACCUGGCAGACGAGGAGGGGGAGGAGGACUCGGAGCGACACACGCUACCCUUCCAGCGCAAGAACAACCACAAGCCCAAGAAAGCACCAGACGGCUCAGUGAUCGCCAACGGCUACUGCGACUUCUGCCUGGGAGGCUCUAAGAAGACGGGCUGUCCUGAAGACCUUAUCUCCUGUGCGGACUGUGGGCGCUCAGGCCACCCGUCCUGUCUGCAGUUCACAGUGAACAUGACGGCUGCGGUGAGGACUUAUCGCUGGCAGUGCAUCGAGUGCAAGUCCUGCAGUCUGUGUGGCACCUCUGAGAACGACGACCAGCUGUUGUUCUGUGACGAUUGUGACAGAGGCUACCACAUGUACUGCCUGAGCCCCCCCAUGUCUGAGCCCCCAGAGGGGAGCUGGAGUUGUCAUCUGUGUCUGAGACAGCUGAAGGAGAAGGCCUCGGCCUACAUCACCCUCACUUAAUCUGUGGAGCUGCUCUUCAUCCUCUCGGCCCUUCAUCAUCCUCUUCCUCACCGCGUCUUCGUCACCCCCC